UUUGAAAGACUCCAGCGCAUUUUCAUCCCAAUCCAACCCCCGCCGCAGCCGCCCACCCACGCCCUGAUAGUGCACUGAAAUAAUCAAUAAAGCAACAGCAGCAGCAGCAGCGGCAGCAGCAACAACGACAAAUACAUAGACACACGAUGUGGGCUAGUGAUAAGCAGCAACAAUAGAGGAGGGCAGCCCCGCGGCUCUACCCAGACUUAGCUGAGCGACAGCCCACCUAGUUCCAGUCCCAGUUCCAGGCAUUUGCAAAAAAUCAACAACAACAGCAAAAAAGAAAUAGAAAGGAAUUCCACUCCGAAACUAGCCUGAUUUUGUUGACGUGAAAAUGUCGCGGGAGGAACGUCUGCCCAUUGUGGAUGCAUCGAGCAGCAGUGGCGAGGAUGAGGCCAGGCCUGUUGUGCGUAGGCGCAGCACACGGGAAACCGUGCUGGCUGUACCGAAGGAUACGGGCUGCUGUGCGCCCACCAGCACGCCUCAUCGCUUUCUGGCCCUGGUCUUUAUGUGCCUGCUGGGUUUUGGUUCCUAUUUUUGCUAUGAUAAUCCGGGCGCACUGCAGGACGUAUUCCAAAAGGAACUGAAUCUUAAUGCCACCGAAUUCACGUUCAUCUAUUCCAUCUACUCCUGGCCAAAUAUUGUUCUCUGCUUUGUCGGCGGCUUUCUCAUCGAUCGAGUCUUUGGCAUACGCCUGGGCACAAUUAUUUACAUGCUAAUUGUGCUCCUGGGUCAAUUGAUAUUUGCCACUGGCGGCUUGUUGGGUAAAUUCUGGCUAAUGAUUGUCGGCCGCUUUGUAUUUGGCAUUGGCGCCGAGUCUCUGGCCGUCGCGCAGAACAGCUAUGCGGUCCUCUGGUUCAAGGGCAAGGAGCUGAACAUGGUAUUUGGGCUGCAGCUGUCUGUGGCACGCUUUGGCAGCACCGUCAACUUUUGGAUCAUGCAGCCGGUCUACAACCAUGUCUCCAAAUCCUAUUCCGGCUAUACGGGCCUGGGCGUUACACUCUUUUUGGCCGCCAGCACCUGUGUCAUGUCGCUGCUGUGCACUCUCAUAUUGGGCUGGAUGGAUAAGCGCGCCGAACGCAUACUGAAGCGCAAUAACAAUCCCGGCGGCGAGAUCGCCAAACUGAGCGAUAUUAUCACCUUCAGGCUGGACUUUUGGAUGGUAUCGGUCGUGUGUGUGGCCUACUAUGUGGCCAUAUUUCCGUUUGUGGCGCUCGGCCAGGCUUUCUUCACGACCAAUUUCCAUCUGACGCCCGAGCAGGCCAACAAUGUCAAUUCGAUUGUGUAUCUGAUCUCGGCCAUUGCCUCGCCUCUGUUUGGCUUUAUCAUCGAUCGUGUGGGUCGCAACGUAUCCUGGGUAUUUGUGGCCACAAUUGCCACGCUCGUCGCGCACGUGCUGCUCACCUUUAGCCAGCUCAAUCCGUACAUCGGCAUGUCCAUCAUGGGACUCUCCUAUUCGAUGUUGGCCGCCAGCUUGUGGCCCUUGGUGGCAUUGAUUGUGCCCGAAUAUCAGCUGGGCACGGCCUACGGCUUCUGCCAAUCGGUGCAAAAUCUGGGCCUCGCUGUGGUCACCAUUGUCGCCGGCCUUAUCGUGGACAGCAGCGGGGGCAGCCACUUUUGGCUGCAGCUCCUCUUUAUACUGUUCCUAAUGAUCUCCCUGUUGGCAACGUGCGCUAUCUGGGCUUACGAUCGCAAGUAUCAGGGCAAUCUGAACAUGUCGCCGGCACAGCGGGCCACAUAUCAUACAUCCAUCCCAACUAAACGCGGCACUACGGAUCGACGGCCUCUAUUGGGCAACUAAACACACAUCUAUAUAUAUAUAUAUAUAUAUAGAUAUAUACUAUGCAUAGCAAAAAUAUGUACGAUUAACCAAUGUGAUGUUGUUUACCAUCUAUAUAUCUAUCUCUUGAACUCUAUGUGUUUGGCACAUAUCUUACGAACUAAUUGCACAAAGUUAUUG